ACCUCCAGCUUUGGUAAUGGUGUCUAUCCCAUGGCACGAUUACCUUUAGGUGCUGUUAUGUUAAAUAGCUCCCCAAAUCACGUACCGCCAAUGCCUCCCAACGGCCACUCACAACUGACACCUCCGCCUCCCUCACCCACCACAUCCAUAUCACCGCCUGUCAUCCAUCAAACACAGCAACCGAAAAAAUCAUUUUGCAUCGAUGCCCUGCUGGCCAAAAAUCAAAAUACUCAUGAAUCGCAACAAUUCGGCGGCAGCGGCAUCAGUGGAAUCUAUGAAAAAUUCUCACCUGGAUGAUCGUCUUACCGCCGCAAGUCUUCAAUAUGCCCGUGAAAUGUCAGCAGCUGCGGCAGUCGCGGCGGCGGCGGCAUCGGGCGGUAUGUCCGAACAGGAGGCAUUGCAGCGUAUACACGAGUCACGUGAAUACGAUUCGCCGUCUCCCGACGGUAUGUCAAGAUCCGAAUCUCCCACAUCAUCGCAUCGUUCCAGUCCCCCCAUCAGUCCCGGCUGUGAGGAUCAGCAAACAUUUGGGCAUGCAUGGCAUGGAUUUGGGUGAUGAAUUAAA